AGACGAAUGAACUCUCAGUGUUUAAAGUCUCUCUAAUUCAAUACCUUCCCCUUACAGAACUAGUGUCAGUUUCGCCAUACUUCCUGGCAGCAUCAUUCUCAGACAAGGCGUUUUCGGAACCUAGAUACUAUCAGCGGUGUUAGCGAUCGUUACUCGAAAUUAUACUAAUUGUUGAUCACUAUCUGCCAGAAGCACAAAUGUCGCAAAAGAACAUUGAUAACCUCUCUUUGGAUCUGGAAGAGCUGAAACGUUUGGCGGAUAUGGCUCAGCGAGCUCACGUCCAGCAGUUGCUCUCCAUUGAUAUUCGCAAAAUAGAAACCGAUAUUCAGUUCCAGAAAGAUCAGCUGAAAGAAAAAGAACAUUCAUCUGAAACACCCAAACCGCCGGCAUCGUUGCCUGGGGAUUGUAAGCGGUAUCGCGUAGAAUUGAAAGAGUACGCCUGGGAUCAAAGCGACAAAUUUAUCAAGAUUUUUGUAACCAUCAACGAUGUUCAGCAGUUACCCGAGGAGAACGUAAAUGUCGAGUUCACGUCCAAUUCCUUUAAUUUACUGAUCGGCAAUUUGAACAAUAAAGAUUACGUGUUUGUGGUGAAAAACCUAUUGAAUGAAAUCGAUACAGUUAAAAGUUACCGUAAAGUAAAAUCGGAUAUGGUGGCUAUCUAUCUGGCCAAAGUGAAACCAACCAAGUGGGCCCAUCUUACGGUAACGGCCAAGCGUUUGCAAGACAUGAAAGAGGACCGAAUGUCGGGAGAGAAAAGCGAUGCCACCGAUCCGUCUGCAGGGCUGAUGAAAAUGAUGCAGCAGUUAUACGACAGUGGCGAUGCGGAAACCAAACGUAUGAUUAACAAAGCCUGGCACGAAUCGCAAAAUAAAAAGAGUGAACUGGAAGGAGCAACCAAUCUCAACUAGAGGAUUAUGUUGGCGAGUGGCUGCUCUCGGAGGAGGGCAUUUCAUGUACUGCGUUAACCUAGUAUUUUUUUUAAACAUCCAAUGGAAAUAUUUGUGUAAAACUUGUAUAUGUAAUAUGAUUGAAUAAAAGUUAGAACUGAUAAACAUGAUAA